AACGCAGGUGAAACUAAAAAAAAAAACUAAAAUGGCCGAAUGGCCGAAUGACUUUUCUUUGUGCUGCAACGAAAAUUUGCAUGGAAAUUGGAAAAUUUAAUUUUAUUAGUAUUGAAUAUUGAAAUAUAAUAUAAAGUUACACAAGAAUGAGCGAUCGCUACAGAGAACACAAAGGGUCGUCUCGAUCGUCGCGUGAUGAUUAUAGGAAGGACAAAAGCCACCGGGAGCGCGAAGGGCGGACCAGGACACGAUCGCGGUCUCCGAGGCGGAAGCGGCCUUCACCACCUGUACACAAACAUGCUCGAGAGGAACCCACCAGGAGUCGGGAUAGGGACUUAGAGGUUCAAGGUAAGCAGAGAGAUGAAAUAAGACAUGCCCCAGAAUGGGAGGGUUCAGAUGAAGAGGUGCCAGCGCCUCCACCCCCGCCUCGCAUCAGCAAAAUAACCAUGGGCUUCACAAAACCUAAAACACCAAUCAAAAUGACCCUGGGUGCAAGUUCCAAGUCAGCAAAACCCAAACCAACUGUAGCAUCGGUGUUCAACCGUGAUGAUGAUGAUGAACCAGAAGAAAUGCCUGCAGAAGCUAAGAUGAGGAUGCGAAAUAUAGGAAGAGAAACCCCAACAUCGGCAGGCCCAAAUUCAUUCGGCAAAACAAAGCAAGGCUUUUGUGAUGCCAAGAAAGUGUUUGAGAAAAACCUCAAAGAAGCUCUGGAGACUGCAGAGAAACCUGCUACCAAGUUUCCGCAAACUAUCUAUAAGAUUAAAGGCCCAUGAUAAGCAUACAAUGCUUACUAAGUUGUAGUGGCUUCAGGAAAAAGAAAUCUGACAUUGAACCUGUGCAGUGGGUAAUUUAUCUCAGAAUAAAGUAAGGCUUAAGUGAGACCGAUUCCAAAAAGAGGUUAGCUGCAAAAGUAGUUUUUGCAUUAUUGCCCAAAACUUAUGGCAAAUUUCAAAAUCUGAUCUUUAUAAAAAAGAAUGAUGUAUGUGUCAGUUUAGUUAGUUAGUUUUGUUGUCUAUGUAGGAAACAUUUAGAAACAUCAAUUUUCGUAAAUUCCCGUUUUUUGGCGAUAACUCAAAAACUACUUUUGCAGUUAACUUGCUUUUUAUAAGUAGAAUGGCAGACUAUGCUACUACCCAUGCACAGGAAUCCCCAAUGCUGUUCUACUGUCCUAUAUUUAAAAAGCUGCUUCAAAGAAUUAUCACCAAAAAUUAUAGGAAUUUAGAAAAACCGAUAUUUCUUAAAAAAAAAAUUUUAAGAAAUAAUCUUUCUCCUUCAUAGUCCAUUAGCAUUCUUUUUUAGAAAAUUCAUAAUUUUUUUUUGACGAUAACCUCCAUUUGGUAUGUUUUGCAGUAACGACUCUUUAGAUAUAAAUUAGGAUGGCAAUGUUGCCCAAUGUUACUUUUACCUGAGGCCACUAUCUAAACUAAUAAAUAAAAUUGGAGUGUCUGUCUGUAAUAUAUAAUGAAUAGUAAUGUGACAUAAAAGUUAAAAUUAUGUUGUAUGAAUUGAAAUGGAUUUCAACUUUUGUGAUGUUACUGUAGCCUUUUAUGUAAAUGUAUUACAGUAAUAAUGGUAUCAUUAAUUUAA